AUGACGCCAAGUCAAGAAUUGUCAGAAUCUUUCCACAAUACGGAUAUUAAACUCACAGUCAACAAGUUAAGACGAAAACCGAGAUAUAGCCUUGGAAGAACAUCAGCAUUGUCAAUGGUACGUAGCAAUCCAAAACUCUCAUCAGCCGCACUUCGAAGCAAUCAACACUCGUCACAACUCACUAUAACUAAAAGAAGGCUAUGUAUAUUUUGCGCUCAAGAUCACUGGGAUAGCGAAUAUAUCCAACUGCUAAUAACAGUCAUAACAGCGAAAGAUGCAAAAUUAAAAAAAAAUGAUUUUAUUGCAAAGCCCUUCACAACAGUGCGUUAUGCGACAACAGAAAUACAACUUCAGCAAACAGUCUGCAAGGAUGAUCACGAAAAUCUUCAAAAUCCACAUAAAAAGGAUUCAGCUUCCCUCUAUGAUUCAAUUUACACUACUCGAACAAAUACAACUAAGGAAACUUUACUCUUAUGCAAGGAAGUAAAAGUUUUCAAUCCAACUCAGCCAAAACGACAAAAGAAGGCCUUAGCACUAUUUUACAUAGGUUCACAACUCUCCUUCAAUUCUCAGAAUUUUCAGAAUCAGACAAACAUUAUGAAAAUAACUCCAUUUGGAAUGAGCAAUCCAACACUUUGCCCCACGGCUUCUACGCAAUUGAGUGUGUGUGUUAAUGUAGUCGAACAUCUAACCAAUGAAUUGCAGGUCGUGGAUAUACCAAAAGAAAUUCAAUCUCAAAAAUUAAGAAAUCAUUGGGAGAAACCCGACAUAUUGAUUGGAGCCGAUUACUUCUUUAAGUUCAUUAAAUUGCAGAAUGUACAGGAAUUGAGUUCAGGUCAUAUGUUGAAAGGUUGGCCCCAUGAUAAUUUGGUAUGUACCGCUAAGGCUAAUAUUAAUUCAGAACUAGAAAGUUUUUGGAGAUUAGAAUCAAUAGGAAUUCAAGAGUCUCCAAAUGAUAAUGAUGAUGAAGAAAUUUUAAAAUGCUUUCAAAGAAUACUCACGAAAAAGGAUGGUCGUUAUCAUCAACAACUAUGGUUUAUGCCUGGGACGUUUAAAGAAUUUAAUCAAGAAAUUACAACUCAAAUCGCUUCUCCAGAAGUUCCAUAUAACGACGAAGUAGGUGUCAUACAUUAUCUUCCGCAUCAUGAAGUAAUAGUAUCUGAUGCCUCGGCUCAUCAAAAGGGAUAUAAAAGUCUCAACGGAGUUCUCCAAAGAGACCCGGUAAUGUUACCCGAUCUAGUAGGUAUGUUAUUCCGGUUUCGAACGAUGAAAUUAGUCAUAAUUGCUGACAUAGAAAAGGCUUUCCUACAAAUAGGAAAGAAAUUGUACAAGAUUUCUAUGGGUGAGGAAGUGUUAGAGGAGAACGUCAAAUCCUACCGAUUUACACGAGUACCGUUUGGGGUGAUAUCUUCACCGUCCCUAUUAGCAGCAAUCCUCAAAUAUUAUUUAGAUAAUACAGCAACUACUAUCAGAAUGGCCCAAAUAGAUAAAAGAAAUACCGAGAUUUAUAACAAAGAACACUGA